CAGCAUUUUCCAGACGCCACUGCGCAUGCGUCAUUUAAUGAUAAUCAAUAAUCACCUGCUGAUUGAUCACAUUAGCAAUGAAACAACACAGUUAAUUACUUAAUUGGUAUAGGUUAUAUGUGAAAACAUUCCACUGGGACCUUGUGAGUAGAGGAACAUUACGUCACAGUAUGGCAGAGAAGAUGAUUCCACCAGCAAAGAAGAGAGCAAACAACAACAACAACAACAACAACAGCAGCAGCAGCAGAGGCUCUACACACACAGACACAGAGAUGGAACGUUCGCCUGCAAAUCAAGACAAAUCUCCACCAAAAAAGAAAAAGCCUCCCUCUACGUCAUCCACUUUGGAGUCAGCUGGUUUUUUUGAGGCAACAACUUCAGGUACAAGUAGAGAUGUCAGCAUGCUGAUUUCAAAAUUUGCAGAAGUGUUAAGUGAGAGAGCAGCAGCAGACACGUCCCAGAUGAAGGAGCUGGAGGUCAUUCUGACCGAAGCCCAAAACCUCGAGUCGUUUUUGAAAGAGAAGAAGAAGCGUCUGAGGCAAACAUUGGCUCUGAUCUCUGAUAAACUGCAGGGUUAGGUCUGCUGAUGUAACCAAGAAGAAAAAUGCUUAUUUAUUGUUCUGCAGUUCAUGUGUCAAACAUAUUAACUAAUAAGAGACACUAAUAUAUGUGUUAAAUGUUGAGUUUUAGUAAUAACUCCUUUUGGAUAUUUAUUUCACUUGUUUCACUCUUAAUACAUGAUUUUUGAAAGAAUACUAACAUAAAAUUCAGUAUGCAUAAAUGUUUGUAUUACUGUUUAUAAAGAAUUAAAGUGCCCAUCAGGUGAGACAGACUUGUACAUGUUGUCAUUGUUGAUAAAGUUACACACCCACCAAAUACAAAAACCAAA